GCUGGCCCGGAGGCGGUAGUUCCGGAAGCUUGUAUAAACCAAGCGGCCUUGCCAUGUGUGUUGUUUCAGCGGCGGAUUGAGGCUGUUUGGGGUUUGAGCUGAGAGCAUGGCAGAGAACGACGUUGAGAAUGAGCUGCUGGACUACGAGGAGGAUGAGGAGCCGCAGACCGCGCCGGAGAGCGCCGCGCCUGCCGGCAAGAAGGAGGUGAAGGGCUCCUACGUCUCCAUCCACAGCUCCGGCUUCCGGGACUUCCUGCUGAAGCCCGAGCUGCUGCGGGCCAUUGUGGACUGCGGCUUCGAGCACCCCUCCGAGGUGCAGCACGAGUGCAUCCCGCAGGCGAUCCUGGGCAUGGACAUCCUGUGCCAGGCGAAGUCGGGCAUGGGCAAGACGGCCGUGUUCGUGCUGGCCACCCUGCAGCAGAUCGAGCCUGUGGACGGACAGGUGGCGGUGCUGGUGAUGUGCCACACGCGGGAGCUGGCCUUCCAGAUCAGCAAGGAGUACGAGCGCUUCUCCAAGUACAUGCCCACCGUCAAGGCGGCCGUGUUCUUCGGGGGGCUGUCCAUCAAGAAGGACGAGGAGGUCCUGAAGAAGAACUGCCCGCACAUCGUGGUGGGCACGCCGGGCCGCAUCCUGGCGCUGGUCCGCAACAAGACGCUCAGCCUGAAGAACGUCAAGCACUUCGUCCUGGACGAGUGUGACAAGAUGCUGGAGCAGCUGGAUAUGAGGCGGGACGUCCAGGACAUCUUCCGGCUGACGCCUCACGAGAAGCAGUGCAUGAUGUUCAGCGCCACGCUCAGCAAGGAGAUCCGGCCCGUCUGCCGGAAAUUCAUGCAGGAUCCCAUGGAGGUGUUCGUGGACGACGAGACCAAGCUCACCCUGCACGGCCUGCAGCAGUACUACUGCAAGCUGAAGGACAGCGAGAAGAACCGCAAGCUCUUCGACCUGCUGGACGUGCUGGAGUUCAACCAGGUGGUGAUCUUUGUGAAGUCGGUCCAGCGCUGUGUGGCCCUCUCGCAGCUGCUGGUGGAGCAGAACUUCCCUGCCAUCGCCAUCCACAGGGGAAUGGCCCAGGAGGAGAGGCUGUCCCGCUAUCAGCAGUUUAAGGACUUCCAGCGGCGGAUCCUGGUGGCCACCAACCUGUUUGGCCGCGGGAUGGACAUCGAGAGGGUCAACAUCGUCUUCAACUACGACAUGCCGGAGGACUCGGACACCUACCUGCACAGGGUGGCGCGUGCGGGCCGGUUCGGGACGAAGGGCCUGGCCGUCACCUUUGUGUCAGACGAGACCGACGCCAAGACCCUGAACGAUGUGCAGGACCGCUUCGAGGUCAACGUGGCCGAGCUGCCCGAGGAGAUCGACAUCUCCACCUACAUCGAGCAGUCCAGAUGAGCCCCUGCUCCUGUGAGGGUCUCCCCAGGACCACCUCCGUUUCUGAAGAACCUCUGAAUGUGUUUUACUCUCCUCCCUCCUCCCUCGCUCCCCUCUGACUUCACCAGCGCUGGGGUGGGGGGUGUACGCAGUUUUAAUUUUUUUUUAAUCGCACUCGUUUUGUUUCCAUGAGAUUAAAACUGUUUUUUAUAUGA